AUGACUACUCAAGCCGAUGUAGACGAUUUCGGCCUGCCCAUUAGGCGGUAUCCGACCCCGAAGAACGAUGAACCCACCGAUGCGCAUACUAAUGCGCCUACCGACUCUUCUAAAGAAGAGAAGCCUACAUCGGCCUCGUUAGAUGGAGCUGCGGCCGACGAGCAAUCGAAACCUCCCGAGGCCAAGGACGAUAAGGUCAAGGAUCACGCGACGCCUGCUAGCGAAGCAGUCAAAGCAGACGAUCAGAGCGAUACUUUUGAAGAUGCUCAAUCUGAACUGUCAAGUCCUAGGAAAGAAACCAGAUCGGAGACACCUGUCGUCGCACAGGAAACUCCCACACCGACCGAGACUAAGCCCACAAAGAACGAAUCUCUCGAAACUGAAAGUGCCCCUAGCGAGUCCAAACCGGGAGUCCCUGAAGAAGCUUUACCAAAAGUGACAGACGUUCCUGAGAAGGCUACGGAGGAAAACAAAGCGCCCACAGUCGAAAGUGCUCGUCCCAGUGACCACAAGCCCGAAGUUUCCGAAGAACUACAAUCAGCAGUGGACGAUGCUCAUAAGAAGCCUACCGAUAUCGAAGUGGGUGUUGAUAAGGAAGAACCGCCUACAGACGUAGCAGUUCAGGCUCCUUCUUCACCGACACAGCCCAAACGCGAACAGAUUUCUGAAUUUUCCCACCAAAAGAUCACUGUUAAGCCAGAAGAGAAGAAGCAUGAAGACGAACUGGAAUGGCAGGAGAUGCCCUCAUACGCCCGAUAUGACAUGUAUAACGAUGACGACAAGCUAGUUGCCAAGGAAUACGAUGCGGAGGAAGUCGAAACAUAUGAAUAUGGAGGACUUGGUGGUGCUGGCAAGGGUUAUACCCGUGUAUUCCUGGAUGACGAUGCCGAGUCUGCGACAAGCAUGGACGAGAACACGAAAUAUCUUUUCAAGAAUGCAGCUGGAACCAGUAUGGUGGAUGACGACGAUGGACGGGACGCUAUCGGUCAAAUGCAGGCCACCAAGGAUCUUUUGACAGAGGGGCAAAGAGUCGCAUACGUGGGAUUGGUCCGCCUUGAAAUUGUUAAGUUGGUGAAAGAGGAAGAAAAGAUGAAGACGUUCAAGAAGACCAAGAAAGAAGUUGGCCUUGCAGUUGAAUCCAUGAUGAUGUGGGGGCAAAAGAUGAUGCUUCGGCUUUACGCCCACAUGGAGAUUAACGAAGCAGAGCAAAUCAUGAUCGAACAGCUCGCCGAACAUGGAGUGAUGCCCCAAGACUUGUCGCCGGCGCUCGUUACCAAUGCUCGUGUAGCAAAUCCUAUGGCAGAGAGCGAGGCAUCUAUGCCAGGCACCCCGUCUCUAGAUGAGAAGCCUGCCGAGGCACCACCGCCAUACCAGGCGCUUGAUGGCGAGGAGCUAUCUGAUGUCAAGACGCCAUCACAGCUUCCCACAACGUCAAAGAUUGAUAUCGAUUUGCGAUGGACGGUUCUCUGUGAUCUCUUUCUACUCUUGAUUGCUGAUUCUAUAUAUGAUGCGCGCUCAAGAGUACUACUCGAACGGGUCGGCGAAAGUCUUGAUAUCACCUGGAUUGACAUCUGCCGUUUUGAGAAGAAGGUUACAGAGGCUCUCGAGAUGCAGCAAGCGGCCGAGAAGGAGAACUGGAAUGAGGAGGAGCACACAGAGGCCCGAAGGAAGAAGGCAUUGACCCGUCGAUAUGUUAUGAUGGGCCUGGCCACUGUGGGUGGUGGUUUAGUUAUCGGUCUCUCGGCUGGACUUCUUGCUCCAGUCAUCGGUGCUGGUCUGGCUACCGGUUUGACAGCUGUUGGAGUGACAGGCACCAGCGGUUUUCUCGGUGGUGUUGGAGGCGCAGCUAUCAUCACAUCAAGUGCCGCAGCAUCAGGAAGUCUUAUCGGAGGCAGAGCUGCAGGUCGAAGAACUGGUGCAGUCAAGACAUUCGAAUACCGACCCCUUCACAACAAUAAGCGAGUCAACCUUGUUGUCACCAUCUCUGGAUGGCUGACGGGUAAGGUCGAUGACGUCCGAUUGCCUUUCAGUACGGUCGAUCCUGUCAUGGGUGACAUUUACUCAGUACUUUUCGAACCCGAGAUGCUUCGAAGUAUGGGUGACACCAUCAAUAUCCUGGCUACUGAGGCUCUUACUUCGAGUAUUCAACAAAUUCUUGGUACAACCAUUCUAGCUACUCUUAUGUCGGCUAUUCAGUUGCCCAUUAUCCUGACCAAGCUCUCCUAUCUUAUUGAUAACCCUUGGGCCGUUUCUCUGGACCGCGCUACCGCUGCCGGCAAGAUUCUUGCAGAUUCUCUCAUCGAACGCAACCUGGGAACCCGACCAAUCACGUUAGUUGGAUUCUCAAUUGGAGCACGAGUGGUCUUCUCUUGUCUCCAGGAGCUCGCUAAGAAGGGUGGUGUUGGCAUUGUUCAGAACGUUUACAUGUUUGGCUCGCCUAUCGUGGUAAGUAAGGAGGAAUACAUCAAGGCCAAGACUGUUGUUUCUGGUCGGUUCCUCAAUGCUUAUAGCCGAAGUGACUGGAUUCUUGGUUAUCUGUUCCGACUCACAAGUGGAGGUAUCCGCCGGGUAGCUGGUCUAGCUCCUGUUGAGGAUUGCCCCUUUGUCGAGAAUAUGGACGUUACCGAUCUUGUUAAUGGCCACAUGGACUAUCGUCAAAAGAUGCCCGUCUUGCUGAUGAGGUGUGGGUGGUCUGUUGACAGCGAGGAGUUUGUUGAAAUUGAGGACCCAGAUCCGGACAACCAUAAUGAGCGACAACGAGAGCUAAUCAACGAGAUUGAAGAGGCUCGCAAGAACCUGGAAAAGGAGGGCAAGGCGAAGAAGUCUGGACGAUUUAGCUUCUUUGGUCGACGAAAGAACGCCAAGCAGGAUUGGGAGAUUUACGAAGAUCAAAAGAAGAAUGGAGAUAUUAAAGACAAGUCAAAGGAGGGAGGGCAAGAUGACAGCAAUACUGGCGUCCUAUUCGAUAUCGAUGCGAUCCGAGCAGAAAUUGCCAAGGAUGCUCGUGAUCAUUACGCUAGCCAUGAAGAUCUUCAGGUAAAGGAGAUCAAGUCAACACUACCUCCCAUGAAGUUGGACGUGUCGUCGCUUCCUGGUUCCCCAUCGACCACGGCCAAUGGCUCCCAAACCAACAUUAAUGCAGCACGAGACUCGCACGAUAUUAGAGGGUCCCAGGAGCGGUCUCACAGUUACACGCCCAGCUAUACCAGACAGACGUCGCCACCUGCUUACAGCUCACCGUACGGCGCAGGGUUCGGGUCAGAACAUGGUAAUGCAUAUGGCUCUGGCCGACACGAUGAGGACGACAUCCAAAUGACGUUUGAUACGUCGUUCGAUGAUCACCCGCGGUCGACAACAACUACAUCGGCUACCGAGACUACACCAACUCGACCACAGAUCAAAGCGGCACAGACAUUGCCGUCAAUGACAUUGCAUGAGCCGUGGGGUGAUUCAGACGAUGAUGAUUUUGGCAAGGAGAAGGAGAUUUCAAUGACAUUCGCUUGA